AUGGAGAGGCAGAGCCGCACUGAGCCGCGUUCUCCAUCUCCAACACAAAGCCACCCCCUCGGUGGCAGUGGCACAGGAGGCCGGGGCUGCAGCCAGUCUUCCCUUAGCACUUGUGCAUGCCGUGCUAAACCGCAGCCAAACCCACACGAACCGGAGAGCGCUAUUGAACCGGCAGAAGAAGAGUCAAUUAACUUUAAUGUUGGCGGAUGGUAUUUCUCACUCCCCAGAAGUAAAGUCGCUCAGUUUCCUGACUCUCUGUUGUGGAAGGAGGCUUCUGUACAAGACUGGUCUGAAAAUCUGAGGUUAUUUAUUGACCAAGAUGGUUUCGUAUUCAGGCACCUUCAUUAUUACAUGCAGACUUCAAAAUUGUCUUCUCUCAGCUGCACUGAAUUGAAUUUAUUGUACGAGCAAGCAUUAGUUUUGCAGCUGACGCCUUUAGUACAGCUUUUAGGCAAUUUGAAGGAGGACAGUUCACGUGUCCAACCUGCAGAUACACCAGUAGCUGAAAGAGUGCCUCUGAAUAACUGGAAAACACAGAAAUGUGCCAACAAGCCAUCAGAGAUCCCUCCUAAAAGCCCAGUGUUUGCAGGGCUAUGUGAAAGGACUCCCCUAGGACUAGUGGAUACACCUUUACUUGAUACAGAAGAGGAAGUGAAUUACUGCUUUUUGCCAUUAGAUUUAGUGCAAAAAUAUCCAGUGCUAGUCAAUGAUGACAACUUGCUGUGGCUGCUUGAGAAUGCUGCCCUGAUAGAAUGUGAUUACAGUGAAUUCCGCUUCAUAGUUAACUUUCUCCGCUCCAAGAAGAUGCUGUUGCCUGAUGAUUUCUCCAACAUUGAUGCCUUGGAGGAGGAAGCUUUAACUUUGGGAAUCCCUGAACUUACAGAGGCUGUGAGGAUCUAUAGAGGCGGCGGCGCGGGGAGCUGGGGAGCCUACAAAGAGGAGGGGGAAUCGAAACUCUUUGAAAUGGUAGAUAACAGCAGGUACAAGGGGAAAGUGGUUUAUAAGUUGAGGGAGGGAAGCUUGAGGUUGGAUGUCAGGGGAAGUUCGUGGUACUAG